UUAUAAUCUGUGUAUAAAUGGGGUAUAGCGAUGCUGACAUAAACAGUAGCCAAGCUGAUGAAAAAUCCCAGUACUUAGGUUCUGAAAAAGAGGUUCGCCUGAAGAUAAGCAGUGAAAGUAAUCCUGAAAGUCUCAAAACUCCUGCUAAAAAUCAGUGAGGCUCUUUACACAAGAGCCCAGCCUCUAAAGACAAGAAACAGCCUAUAGAAGGUAUUAGUCUAAGCAAAGAUAUUGUGAAGAAGUUCCAAACUCAGUGCAAAGUCCGCCAGAAGGAAUACAAGGAGAGACUCUCGUCUUCUCAUAAACUUGGCAAUGCAGCCAAGAAUGCAGUCUUGAAACUUGAGCCUCUUUUGCCUAAGAAUUUGAAGGCAGAGUUACAUAAAGUUGGCAAGCCAUCGUAUGAUCUUUCUAAAUUUCAAGAGAAAGUGAACAAAAUUAGCCCGACUAAUUAUCAUAUCAAAGAGAGAGCGAUCAAGCUCUGAGCGAAGAUGGUCAGGCUGAUAGAGCUCUACAGACUUAAUGACAAAAUGCUUCAGAAAUCAGAAGAAAAGCUGAAUUCUUUCAAGAACAAGUCAGGCAAAGAAUUACUGGAAGAAAUUGCUAAUUCACCUAAACUAUCCAAAUCGCCUAGGAGAAGGUCCAAAAGAGGUGGAAUUAGAAGAAUUGGUAACAAAAUGCAUUCGAAAAGUUUCCUGUCCCCUUCUAAAAUUCUUAAGAAAGUUAGAGAGCUUGAUGAAGAAGAUGAAGAGCAACCAAAUGGUAAAGCAAUUCACCAUUCCAACAUCUACAGUAAACAAGAAAUGAUGAAGCUCACUAAAGAUAACCUGAAAAAGUUUGAAAAGAAGAAGACUUCGAAGCUUGAUAAAAGUAGCUAUAAGAUUGACCCUUGCCAGAUCGAAAUAGAGGCUUUCAUUCAGAACACUCCUAAACUCUCAGAAAUUCCUGGGAUGAGCGCUGGCAAAAUGUUUAAACUAACAGAAGUAUUUUCCAAGUGCAUGGGUAAUUCCAUUGCUGCCACAGGGAACUCUCCUAUGCUAUACAACGAUAUGUUUUACUCAUUGUGUCAGAGUAGCAUAGGAGGCUCUUCCUGCUAUGGCUUCUCCACAGCUAGAACAAGCCAUAAUCUGCCUCAGAAUGUUGGCAUGAUGCCUCAUGGAAACCAUCUGCGGUGGCAGAAUAGUAAGGAUACCAUCUCUGAGCUGCAUAAGGCACUUAGCUUCAGCCAGCUUUCUAAUGCUGGCUCGGAUGAUUACAAGAAGGACAUCAUUAAUAAUAAAGACUACCUAAAAGAUUUCCAAUGUGCUGAGAAAGAGCGAGAACUCGAACUCAGCGACUAUGCUGACUUCUAAUUCAUGCCAUAUUUCAUUUUGUUCUAAA